AUGGCAGACAAAUCUCCAGCUCCAAAGGAACAGGAGCAGCAAGACAAAAGCGCUAAAGACAAGCCAGACACUAACCCUCAAGAUUCUGAGCCAAGUAACAUUCGCAUGCGAGCAGGUGAUUAUAUGGUCCAUAUCUUCAUCGAGCAAGGCCGUGCUUUGAUGCCUCCAGGUGGUGCAGAUACCUCAGACCCAGUUAUCGUCGUUACUGCUUUUAGCACCCAAAAGUCCACGAAGCCGCUUAACGACGUUGGUGGUUCCUCAAUUGUAUACUGAGGAGAACAUAUUUACAUUGAAGGCAAAAACAUCCAGCCAGACGACUUCAAAGACCAAAGAAUCACAAUUGAGGUCCGAGACCACAACAAGCUCUGAAAAGACGCCUUACUAGGAGUCCACGAAAUCGAUAUGGUUUACAUUUAUUCUCAAAAAGACCAUGCAAUAAUUCACAGAUGGGUCGUUCUUUCUAAUCCUGAAGACCAACACUUUGACGUCGUCAGAGGGUAUAUCAAAAUAGGAGUCUCUGUGCUAUAUGAAGAAGACAAAGCUGUAGAUUUGGCAAUUAGAGAGGAUAUGAGCCAAAAAGAUAAGGAAAUGCUGCUGCCUCCACAUGUAAAGCCAGUUACUGUGCAAUUGAUAACCCAGAUUUUGAAAGCUGAAAAUCUGCCUGUGAUGGACAGAGGAGGGACACUAGACGCAUACUGUGUAGCGAGGUUUGCAGGAGCUGAGUCCAAGACAAGCACUAUAGUAGCAGAUAAAGCAACGCUGACUGCUUAUUGGUACGAGGAAAUUUAUUUGCCUAUUUUGGUGCCUUGUGUGACCAAUACAAUGUCAUUAACUUUUUGGGAUUGGGACAGCACAAGUGCUGACGAUUUGGUGGGGAGUGUAGUAUUUAAUUUUGACAAAAUAAGAAGAGGGCUUUAUAAAGACUAUUUUUGGGCAAAUAUUUAUGGCGCACCUCCACUGGCUGAAGGUGAUGCUGCAGAGUAUAUGAACCAUGUCCCUCAGUUUGCUUCUAACUGGAGAGGCAGGGUGCUGCUUCGUCAAUGGGUCGAAGAAGGUGCUUCUGAAACUUAUAAAAAGACACAAAGAAUUGCUGAGGCUAAUAUUGAUGUAAAAAUCAGAGAUAAUUUUGAGGUCGGGCAGGAGUAUGAAAUCAGAGCUCAAGUGAUGAGCGGGAAUGCCUUGCCGUUUAAAAAGGGGAAAUAUUCUGUAGUAAUAAGCUGGUCUGGCGCUGAGUCAAUAUCAAGUCUCCAGCAAACAGAAAAUGCUUCAGUCGACUGGUACGAAACCCUUCGCCGCCAAAUCUGCAUGAUUCCUAAUCUGGCUGAAAAAGACUUGCCUGAUGUUUUUGUAUACCUUGUAUAUGACGAAAAAAGAAUUUGCUAUGCAAGAAUCAAGCCAAAUAAAUGUAUGGAUAUAAAUGGCCGAGCUGAGUGGAUUCCUCUAAUACCUGACAAAUCAAUCGGAAAGGUAAAAGAAAAUUGGAAAGCUGGGUUUGUAAGGAUCAGAAUUUACAUUGGGCCUUUUGACAGUGAUAACGACGACUUAAAGGCAGGGCAUUGGGACCAAAAAUUGAUCAAGCCAAAAAUGGAAGACUGGGUGCUGCUUACCCACGUUUUCCAAGCCAGAGACUUGCCUGCUGCAGAUGGAGUUGGGCUAUCUGACCCAUAUUUAGUGAUUUAUUGUGCAGGGGUUGAAAUAAAUACAAAAAAUAAGCCAAGAGAGCAGACACUAAACCCUAGGUGGUAUGAAACUUUUCCAUUACAGAUAAGAACUCCUUCAAUAGAAGAUGCGCCACCUGUCUUGGUCUCCCUUUUUGACUAUGACGUGCUUUCAAAAGAUGAUAUGAUGGGAAGGGCGCUAAUAGACUUGUCUGACGCCUCAAUGAAUACUGAUUUAGCACCGAGGCCAAAAUGGUAUCCAAUAAACCUUGGGACUCCUGACUCUGAAAAAGGAGCAAUUUUAUGCUCGUUUACUUUGGCUAGGCCAAGCUCAGUCCCAAGAUUUAAUAUUACACCAAAAUUCGUAGAUAAGACUGUAGAAAUCAAUAUUUUAGGACUGAGAGGGCUUAAGCCAGCUGUAGGGUUUUUGCCUGUCAAUAAAGCAUUUGUAAGGGUCGAUUUGAAUUCCUUAGACUUGCCAGAAGUGUCCCAGGGUAUUAAAUUCUUGCAGACUCAGCCAUUUGAAGGAGGGUCAGACCCUAAUAUAAACUCAACGCUUUCAUUCAGAUGCAAAAUCCCAGAAGACCCGCUGUACGCUCCAGUUCUCACAUGCACAGUCUGUGACAAUUUAUUUGCUGGAUUGUCUCAGCCUCUUAUAGGGACUUUUAGUAUAGAUUUAGGAAAAUACUCAGAAAUGAAGAAAAGCUUGAAAUCGCAGUUUUUCUCUAGCCAGUUCAUGAAGGUGACUACAACUUUGACAAAUCCUCUUAACCUUGAUAUUGAAGAAGAAAAAAUUCCUCAAAGCAAAACUCAGAUGUCCCCUUUGCCCCCUCAAUCUACGAAACAGAAGCCAGAACUUGAAGUUUUGCUGCCUCCAGGUAUGAGCUCUUCAAAGAUAACUGAUGAAGCAGGAAAUUUUGAAUCUGUUGACCUAAGCCAUGACACUGACAUUGAUAAGAAACCAUCAGAGCAACCUUCUAAAGUAUAUGAAGACCUGAGCAAAGUAGAGAUCCCAUUUGAAGAAGCAGUUUCUAAUAGUAAAAUUGUUCUCAUGCCACAGUACAAAGAAAGUAAAACUAAAAAGCUAAUAGAAAUCUACCCACCUAAUCCUGACAACUAUUUAGCUAUUGGGUAUAACCGUGAGCCAGAUGAUGGGAAAAAGCAUUAUCGGUACUAUAUUCAUGAAGAGCUUGAGAAAAUCCCUAUUUUUGAAAAAUCAGCUUUUGAAGAGUUCAAUAUAUUACGAGGUGCAAGCCGAGGCGUUGAUGAGCUACCUACAUUGCAUACUACCCACCAAGAAAAAGAUGGCCAAAAGUCAACUGUGGAAUGUGUAGGGAAAUUCAAAGCUUUAAUAAGAGUCAUUGACUAUCCUCCUAACUCGUCCAGCAAUAAGAAAUUCUUGCUUGUUCGUAGGGUUUUCGCACAAAAUUUUCAAAUAGUAAAUUUUAUAUGAAUAGAUAGAAAUUUGCUUAUUAUUGGGGGGCUUUCAAAAUCAAAAUUUGGGAUUUCCCUACCAAUAAUCAAGAAUUUGUUUAAUAUGGGCUAGUAAGUGGCAACCAUUUGGAUUUUUAACAGGCUUGAUGGGCUCCAAAGAUUUUCCUGAUGAUAACUCUGAUUUUGAGUCUAUUGCUAGAACCCUGCUUGUGAAAACGCAAUGUGUUGUUAGAGUUUAUAUCAUUGAUGCCUUUGAUCUUGAACAAAAAGACUCUUUCAGCAAGUCUGACCCUUAUUUUAAAGUAAAACUAGGAGGAAGAUCUAUAAAUAACAGAGAAGAGCACCAGGAAGACGUCUGCGACCCCAAGUUUUUCAAGUGCCAUGACUUUGAGACUACUAUUCCUGGACAGUCUCUACUAAAAAUUUCUAUGUGGGACUAUAAUAAAGUAUUCCCAGACUCAAAAAUAGGGACGACUAUCAUAGAUAUUGAAGACAGAUUUUUCAAUAAAAGCUGAAGAGGGCUAAAAGAAGUCCCAGUAGAAACCCGAGCUCUUUAUUUGCCAGCUUCUCGGAGACCUCAAUUAAAUUAAAUUAAAAGAGUCUUAAAAUCAUUCAGAUUUGAUGCUUCCAUACUCUUUCAACGAGGACCCUUGCUUGCCAGGGUAGCAUCGGCUACCUGAGCCCUAUCAAUAGAAAUCAUCUUCCAGGACUAAGGGACUUGCACUAUGACCUUGAGUUAGGAAGACCCAUCUGCGGGUGCUAUGGAGGUAAAUGUUAGCCCAAUAGCUCCUUUCGGCCACCUUGAGGUAGGCUGAUACCUAGCAAAAAAGUCAUGGCGCUCCGGAGCCAGAAGGGAAAAGAACCCAUGACCCAAAAAAAUUCGAAUAACUAAUAUUUGGACUGUAAUUGUGACGGCUGACUCCCAAAUCCACCCACCCAUACAACAGAUAUACAACGUGCUUAAGGUUAGAAUCAAAAGGCCUGAGCUUGGUUUAUGCUAUAAAACCAUUUUGGCUCCCGCAGUGUGAUGCGUCGUAGAUAAGAUCAUAUUUUCUCCACCACACAAAAUAUUUAUUGUAAACCUCAAGGAUAUGUCAGAAUGUGGGUAGAAAUCCACCACAAUACAGUAAUCCCUGAUCAAGUUGACAUAAGUCCUCGCCCGCCAGCCAAAUUUGAAGCUAGGCUUAUUAUAUGGCGCUGUGAAGACGUAGAAAACAUGGACUUCGAAGGUGUAAGCGACUUAUUUGUCCGUGCCUGGGUAAACCAAGAAAAAGACAAAGAAACUGACACCCACUAUAGAUGUGUCAGAGGAAAAGGGUCGUGGAAUUGGCGCAUGAAAUUCCCAAUAAGCCUUCCGCAAGCUGAAAAUACAGUCACAAUUCAAAUUUGGGACAGAGACGUUUUCUCUAGAAACGACUUUAUUGCUGAGACUUCUUUUGAGUUCAAUGAAAUCGCGACGAUGGCUUUGGAAGAAAACCAAAGGGUCAAGAAAAAAGGAUCAUCUGAAAACUGGAAAGAGAGAGUUAUGAACACUGAAAAUGAAAAAUUCUGGGUCACGUGCAAGAAAAGAGACAAAAAAGGAGGCUUUGAGGAUGGCGGGAAGGUGCUAAUUAGCUUUGAGCUGGUGCCUGAGAUGAGGGCACAAGCGUGUCCCGUUGGAGAAGGAAGAGAUGAUCCUAAUAUUGACCCAAAGCUGCCACCACCAAUAGGAAGAUUUGAGUGGUCACUUAAUCCUCUGAAAAUGAUAUACAGUUUUAGAUAGACGGUAAACAUUUACUUUUGAUAGCCUUGGCUCGUCAAUAGGCAAGGCCCAUACUUGGACUUUAAGACUUCUUAACUAAAUAUAAUCAUCUUAUCUCUUUUAUAAGGAUCGCUCCUUCAUGGCUUAAAUAUGCAUAAAGCUUUAAUGCAAUUCUUGCAGUAGGAUUUUAGUGCUUAAAUUUUGGUAUCUGUAUUGUUCUUAUAUUUUAGAUAGAUUGUGGCUAUAUUUAAAAAAAAAUAAAUCUUUGUUAACAGUCAUUAUUCGGUAAACCAAAGUAGUGACAGUGUGCCAAAUCUGAUCGGCAAAUGAAAUUAAUUUUUCACACGGAAAUUAAUGAUUCCCAGAUUCUGAUAAAUUUAAAGCAUUUCUGAUAAAAUAUGGGCAUAUUUGUUUCUCGCCAUUUGAAUACUCUCAAGUACAAAAGUAUCGAAAUAACCUUAUUAUGUAUUAUGAUAAUAGCUUGUGCUAUGACCUAGUAGAUGCUCGAUAUAAACGUUCGAUAUAUCGGCUAUUAUGUUAUUUUAUGAUAAUAGCUUGUGCUAUGACUUAGUAGAUGCUCGAUAUAUACGUUCGAUAUAUCGGCUAUUAUGUCGUAUCAAUUAGCUAUUUGUUUUGAAACGGCUAAAUUAGCAAGUUGGCAAAGUACUGUUAGAUGAUAAUGGCUUCAGCAAUCACCUAAAUGAAUGCUCGAUAUAGACGUUCGAUAUAUCGGCUAUUAUGUUUAUCAAUUAGCUAUUAGUUUUGUAACGGCUAAAUAUGCCAGUCGACAAAGUAUUGUUAGAUUAUAAAGGCUUCUUCCAUCACCUAAGUGAAUGCUCGAUAUAGACGUUCGAUAUAUCGGCUAUUAUGUUUAUCAAUAGCUAUUAGUUUUGAAAUGGCUAAAUAUGCCAGUCGGCAAAGUAUUGUUAGAUUAUAAAGGCUUUUUUUCCAUCACCUAAGUGAAUGCUCGAUAUAGGCGUUCGAUAUAUCGGCUAUUAUGAUUAUCUAUUAGUUAAUAGUUUUGUAACGGCUAAAUAUGCCGGCCGGCAAAGUGCUGCUAGAUUAUAAAGGCUUUUUUUCUAUCACCUAAGUGAAUGCUCGAUAUAGACGUUCGAUAUAUCGGCUAUUAUGAUUAUCUAUUAGCUAGUAGUUUGUAAACGGCUAAAUUAGCCGGUUGGCUAAGUGCUAUUAGAUUAUAAUGACUUAUGCUAUCACCUGAGUAAAAUGCUCGGUAUAGACGUUCGAUAAUUUUUAGCCGACCGGCUAAUUUAGCCGUUACACAAACUACUAGCUAAUAGAUCAUCAUAAAAGCCGAUAUAACGAACGUCUAUAUCGAGCAUUUACUUAGGUGAUUGAAAAAGCCUUUAUAAUCUAAUAGCACUUUGCCGGCCAGCAUAUUUAGCCGUUUCAAAACUAAUAGCUAAUAGAUAAUCAUAAUAGCCGAUAUAUCGAACGUCUAUAUCGAGCAUUCACUUAGGUGAUGGAAAAAGCCUUUAUAAUCUAACAAUACUUUGCCGACUGGCAUAUUUAGCCGUUACAAAACUACUAGCUGAUUGAUAAACAUAAUAGCCGAUAUAUCGAACGUCUAUAUCGAGCAUUCACUUAGGUGAUGGAAAAAGCCUUUAUAAUCUAACAAUACUUUGCCGACUGGCAUAUUUAGCCGUUACAAAACUAAUAGCUAAUUGAUAAACAUAAUAGCCGAUAUAUCGAACGUCUAUAUCGAGCAUUUAAUAAGGUGUACAGGCCAUUCGAUAUAUUCGCUGCUAUGUUUAUCAAUUAACUAUUAGCUUUGAAACCGCUAAAUAUUCCAUUCGGCAAAGUGCUAUUAGAUGAUAAUGGCUUCAGCCAUCACCUAAGUGAAUGCUCGAUAUAGACGUUCGAUAUAUCGGCUAUUAUGUUUAUCAAUUAGCUAGUAGUUUUGUAACGGCUAAAUUAGCCAGUUGGCAAAGUGCUGUUAGAUGAUAAUGGCUUCAGCAAUCACCUAAAUGAAUGCUCGAUAUAGACGUUCGAUAUAUCGGCUAUAAUGUUUAUCAAUUAGCUAGUAGUUUUGUAACGGCUAAAUAUGCCGGUCGGCAAAGUAUUGUUAGAUUAUAAAGGCUUUUUCCAUUACUUAAGUGAACGUUUUAUAUAUUUAUUAUUAUGUUUAUCAAUUAGCUAUUAGUUUUGUAACGGCUAAAUUAGCCAGUCGGCUAAACUUACCGAACGUCUAUGCCGAGCAUAUCACUCAGGUGUUAGCAUAAGUCAUUAUAGUCUAAUAGCACUUUGGCGACUGGCAUAUUAUUUAGCCGUUUCAAAACUAAUAGCUAUUGAUAUAAAUAUAUCGAAUGUCCAUAUCAAACAUUUCACUAAUAAUAAAAGGUGUCAAAUGAUGACAACAGAAAGAGAAAUCGCCUAAAUGAGGUGAAAAGAUAAACAUUACUAAGGAUAUGGCAGAAGCCUUUAUAAUUUAACAGCACUUUGCCGACCGGCAUGUUUAGCCGUCACAAAACUAAUAGCUGAUUGAUAAACAUAAUAAUAAAUAUAUAAAACGUUCAUGUAGAUGAUGGAAGAAGCCUAUAUAGUCUAACAAUACUUUGUCGACUGGCAUAUUUAGCCGUUACAAAACUAAUAGCUAAUUGAUAAACAUAAUAGCCGAUAUAUCGAACGUAUAUAUCGAGCAUUCAUUUAGGUGGUGGCUGAAGCCAUUAUCAUCUAACAGCACUUUGCCAACUGGCUAAUUUAGCCGUUACAAAACUAAUAGCUAAUAGAUAAACAUAAUAGCCGAUAUAUCGAACGUUUAUAUCGAGCAUCUACUAGGUCAUAGCACAAGCUAUUAUCAUAAUACAUAAUAAGGUUAUUUCGAUACUUUUGUGCUUGAGAGUAUUCAAAUGGCGAGAAACAAAUAUGCCCAUAUUUUAUCAGAAAUGCUUUAAAUUUAUCAGAAUCUGGGAAUCAUUAAUUUCCGUGUGAAAAAUUAAUUUCAUUUGCCGAUCAGAUUUGGCACACUGUCACUACUUUGGUUUACCGAAUAAUGACUGUUAACAAAGAUUUAUUUUUUUUAAAUAUAGCCACAAUCUAUCUAAAUAUAAGAACAAUAUACAGAUACCAAAAUUUAAGCACUAAAAUCCUACUGCAAGAAUUGCAUUAAAGCUUUAUGCAUAUUUAAGCCAUGAAGGAGCGAUCCUUAUAAAAGAGAUAAGAUGAUUAUAUUUAGUUAAGAAGUCUUAAAGUCCAAGUAUGGGCCUUGCCUAUUGACAAGCCAAGGCUAUCAAAAGUAAAUGUUUACCGUCUAUCUAAAAAUGUAUAAGCCAGCUGUGCGGGCCUGAGUUCAAGGCGAAAAUUUGUUUGCUAAUUUGCUGUGCAUUGUGCUGUUUGCUGUUGAUAUUUGUGUUCCCGAUGUUCUUUUCGAGCGUCAUGUCAAAUUUGAUCACUAAAUAG